UUUUCCAUAAUCACCAUCAUCAUCAUUGUGAUGAGGGGAAUGAGAGAGACAAAGAUUUUUAAAAAAGGGGAGAAAGAAAAGGUAAAAUUAUUGUUGUUGUGAUCCAAUCAAAUCUUAGUUUGAUUUCAUAGUUAUGUAAUAAUAUCUGCACCCAUCGUUCCAUUGUCAAUAUAACAAUAUUACCAAUCAUUAUUAUUAUUAUUAUUAUCAUCAUCAAUCUGUUAGAUAAUUCUACAACAGAAUGUAUUUAGUCACUCAUAGCGCACAAAUUAUGACUGACUGACUGACUGAAUGAAUGAAGGAUUUGGGUAGAAAAAUAAAAGAGUGAAGAAUAUUUUCUCGCUUAUUCAUAAUCUACGUUAGAGACUGAAUACAUUUUUAAAGAUUAAGGUCCCUACUUCAAAGGGGGUAAACGAUGAACUAAGAAAUAAACUAUUUUCAUUUUAUAUUUAAACAUUGCAUCAUCGUCAUCAUCAUCAUCGUCAUCGUCAUCAUCGGUUAUAAAACUUACAUUUGAAACUACUUACAAAGGACUUAACAGAUAUCAUUGAAGAAGAAGAAGAAACACAACAAUAAUAAAUUUUAACAACGAUAUUUACAGAUGAAGUCACUGAAAUCAGACACCAAUCAAUGUAGUCCUCAACAAGAUUCACGUUUAUCUUCUAAUAAUGAAAUACCUGAUGAUGUCAAUGUAUUAAACAAUGAAUCUUAUUCACCAGUUACCACUUCAAUAAUGACAAUACCUUAUAAUUUAAAUCUAAACUGGGUUUCACCAAUUAUCACUGCUUUGUCAAUGUCAACAAGCCCAUCUAUUUUAAAUUUAACCUCAGAUUUAUCACAUUCAAUAUCAUCUUCACAAAUAGUAACAUCAUCAUCAUCAUCAUCAUCAUCACCAUCAUCAUCAUUAUUAAUGUCAUGUUUCCCACAAAUAGCAACAAAAGUAAGAGCUUCAUCAUGUUUUCCAUUUGGACGUCGAUCAGACAAUGUAUCAUUAUUAUCCCCUACUUAUCCACAGAUAAAUAUAAAUACUGAUAAUUUGAUCAAUCAUGAUCAAGAUGAUGAGAAACCGUUAGAUUUAACUUUGAAAUCAUUUACAACAAUAAAAUCAGAUGAAUUAACUAAGAAAAAGUUGGAUAAUCAAAAUUCUAAAAUUCCUUGUAGACGGAAAUCAAAUAGGACACGUACACAAACAAAAGCAACAUCAUCCACAACUAUGAAGAUAACAAACAUUUCAGAGAAACUCAAUCCAACAAACCAAGAUACUCAGACAAAUCGUCAAGUUGAAAUAAUUCAACAAUCAGAAAGUAUCACAUCCUCAUCUACAAAUAAUAAUAAUAAUAAUAUAAAUGGUGCAGAAUUAUGUCAGAAUAAUUGGAUUACAGAUAUUCAAGAUUCAAUACAAAUAAAUGAAUCUGAUCAGAAACGUCCAAGAUCAACAUCUAGUCGUAGACCAUUUAAAGCAUUUGGUAAUACAGUUCCAUCAAUUUCUACAGAACUUUUAUUGAAAUCUUCUAAACUUAUUGAUCCCUUAUUAUUAGUGAAUACUAUUGAUAAAUCUGAAACCGAUGAUGAUCAUUCCAAAUCUAUGGAACAUAAUAAUACACCACCUCUUUCACCAACAUCAGUAAUUUCUACUCCUACAACAAAUGGGAUUAAUUCUAAACGAAAAUCAACGGUUAAAAUAAAAUCACGGAGAUCUCAAAGUGCUUCAGCAAUUGUGUUAAUACCAUUCAAUGAAACUGAAAAUACUAAUGAUAAUAAUAAAAACAUAACAAUUGACGAGGCAUUAUCUACAACAAAAUCUUUAGAAACUCUUUGUAAACUCGACAAACCUGUUGAUUUACUCACAACAACAACAACAACAACAACGGCACAAUCAAUUAGAUCUAUUUCAUCAACACCUAGUUGUUAUUCCAGUUAUUCUGAAUUAAUCGAUGCCAAUCAUAAUAGUAAUAAUAAUAAUAAUAAUAAUAAUAAUAAUAAUAAUAAUAAUAAUAACGAUUCAACAAAUAUUAAACAUACUGAUUGUAAUCCACGUAUGAGACGUUUCCCAGAAAUGACACCAUCUGAAGUAAAAGAUAAAGCAUAUUGGGAGAAACGAGUUAAAAAUAAUGAAGCUGCUAGACGUUCACGUAGAGCAAGAAAAACUAAAGAAUUAAGUUUAAAAAAAUAUGCUGAUAAUUUAGAAAAAGUAAAUUUAAAAUUAAUUGAAGAAAUUGAAUUAUUAAAAACAGAAAUUUUACAUUUAAAAUCUAAUAAAGAAAUGAAAAAAUCAAAUAGUAACUAAAUAUAUUGUUUGUUAUCUACAGAAUGGGGUCACUAACACCACACCACCCCACCCCACCUACCCGUUAUGCCUAACCCUCCUUCUUUAUCCAAGCUUGAGAGAAGCAAUAACCUCAGGAGAGCUUCCAGCGGAAUUAAAACUCAAAUGUAUAUACCUUAAAUUUUUUUUAAAUUAUUUUUUAUCAUCAAAAUUCAAUAUAUUUUUUGUUGUUGACCAGUUUCUUGAU